CGCAGUUACUGCGCCCAGACCCGAAGGGAACAGCGCCGGGCGCCUCAAAGCGCGCUUAGCGAUGCUGGCCGUACUGCUGUUGUCUCUGGUGGCGGCCGGCGCCACGGCCGUUCGCUACCCGACGAGCGUCACCACCUACAAUGGCGGCAAGACGGCCGAGUCCGGCGAGCUCAUCUUCGAGGACAACUUCGACGAGCUCAACCUGGAGACCUGGCAGCACGAGCUGACGCUCCGAGGUGGCGGCAACUGGGAGUUCGAGGGAUACAACAACAACCGGACCAACAGCUUUGUGCGGGACGGCAUCUUAUUCGUAAAGCCGACGCUCACUGCUGAAAGAUUCUCCAAUGACUACCUCUACUCCGGCGUUCUGGACAUGAACGGAGACAACCCAUUCGACCAAUGCACAUCACCCCUGAACUUCGGCUGUUCCAGACAGGGCAGUCAGGCCGACAUCUUGAACCCAAUCAUGUCCGCUUCCCUCCGCACAGCGCUCUCAUUCACCUUCACGUACGGCCGCGUAGAGGUCAGAGCCAAGAUGCCCGCAGGCGACUGGAUCUGGCCAGCCAUCUGGAUGAAGCCGAAAAUGGAACCGUACGGCAACUGGCCGACUUCCGGAGAGAUUGACAUACUGGAGAGUCGCGGCAACGGCGACCUCUCCGUGGGCGGCACCCAGAUCGGCAACCAGCAAGUGUCAUCGACGCUGCACUGGGGUCCGGACUUCGCCAGCAAUCGCUACCAGCUCACGCACUUCGAGACCAACAACGCAGCGGGCUUCAACGCAGAUUUCCACGUCUAUAAGAUGGAAUGGAGUCCUGAGGGCAUCAAGUUCAGCGUGGACGACACCGCCCUGGGUGAGGUGACCCCACCUGCCGGCGGCUUCUGGGAGCUGGGUGGCUUCAACAAGGAUACCUGGAGAAACAAUCCAUGGCAGGGCCGCUCCAAGAUGGCGCCCUUCGACCAGCCGUUCUACCUAAAGCUAAACGUGGCCGUGGGCGGCACCAACAGCUUCUUCCCGGAUGCAGCUGUCAACGGCGCCGGUGCCAAACCCUGGUCCAACACGUCGCCCACGGCGCCCAAGGACUUCUGGGAGGGAAACGGCCAGUGGCUGCCCACCUGGCAGGGCGACGACGUGGCCAUGCAGGUCGACUACGUCCGUGUCUACGCCAUCUAAAGGGUCGCGUCUCCGUCUGGCGUACUCGUCAGCUUUGCAGACAUCACUGGGAGCCGGCCUUAAGAUCUUAAGUUCUAAACGAUUCUUGAGGAUGCUCCAUGUCAUAGUAAGACUCUGAACCUCAGCUUCAACCCCGUCUGCUGUGUGUGAACGCUGACUCGGCUGGAGACGACGGCCAUGCCUGUGAUUCGUGUGUGUUUGUGGCUGUUUGUCCUAUCUACAACCAUAAUACAAAGUCACGUACA